GACAGCUCGGACUCUCAUCAACAAACAAUAGAACAGCCCUCCACAUUGGGCUGAAAAGGCUCGGAGUAGUCAGUUCCAAAGGUGCAAGUACUCUAACCCACCGCAAUAUGGCGCAUCUCAAUCGUCUCGUGGGCGCAUGCGCUUGCGAGAGAAACUAUUACAACAUCACCUUUCCUCCAGAAUCUGCUUCAUUGGCACAGGUCUUCUUUGACAACAGCAAUUCCAGUCGUCGCGCUACAGCAGCGCCAGUGACGGCUUGGUUGCGUGUACCUCUUGACUGGUACAGCAGCGCAACCUUUGCACACUUCCCCGACGAGAGCCAUGCCUCGAUCAAACGAACAUUCCAUACUCCAACCUCGAAUCGAAUCCUCGCACCAACACGAAGACAAUUUUGCGGUUACUGCGGCACAACACUCACAGCGUACAAUGAGGCACAGCAAGCUCGAGGAUAUAGUGGUCGAGAUGAUACGUUAGAUGUGACAUUGUCGUCCUUGCUGAACGAGAGCUUGGCCAGGCUGGAAAGCUUGAAGAUUUUACCAGACAACGACUCGGAUCAGGAUUCAGUGCGGAGCCAAACGGAAGACCUUGUGAAAGGCGGCAGCGUUGACGACGAAGAUCACAUACCUACGAACGAGGACAGACCUGGUGGUGUUGACGCACCGCCUACGGGAGCCACUACCGUGCCGGUGAGAACAUCUCAGCAGCGUGCAGCAGCCCCACAUCGAAUGCACAGCCGUGGUGUGCCGUACUUUGAAGAGAUGAUCGAGCACAGUCGGCUAGGUAGAAUCAAGCGGCAGCGAGGUGGCGAAAUUUCAAGAGACGGCACAUCCAGCGUUCAGUGGGAGAUAGUCGAGAUCGGAGGAGAAGAGCCUACUCCGAAUGCGACUGCUACCGAACCAAGUGGGAGCAAGCGACAGAGGCUUGACAUCUAGCUUCCGCAUGAAAGAGCAUAGCAUGGCGGAGUAUUUCGGUCCACCUAGAGGAGGUCAAGAAAUUGAUGGAGCAUGGCAUAAUGAAGGACCAUCUUCGGAUAGAGCGAGCGAGGAGCACGGAGUAAUGACAAAAUGAGUUGUAUGUAAGUCUUUCAAAGUCAUGAUCGUACUGAAAAUAUGCAUAGAAAUGAUUACGAG